UAAUUAUCUCAUUUGACAAAAAUGAAUUCUGGCUGAAAUUUUACGACUACAGUUUCUUCGCUCUUCUAUACCGAAAUAACCGAAGUGAUUGUAGAAGAUUCAGGCGAAACCAAUCAGUUCUUCUUGAGUAUAGGAGGCAGUUACGUGUUCUCUAAACGUGUGCAUUUAAGUUUAGUAUGUCGAUCAAAAAGUCAAAUUUAUCUGUGGGAUUUACCCAAGAAAACGUUGAACGAGUUAUAGAAGAAAAAAGAUUUUCUCGAAAGGAAUAUUUACAAAAUAUUAAAUCAAUUGCUGGUCAUGCUGGACUUUUAAUUGCAUUAAUGCUUUAUACAGCAAUUGGUGGUUUGGUUUUUCGAUAUAUUGAACUUCCUGCAGAAUUAUCACGUUUGGAAGCUUUGCGCGCCAAUUUACGCGUUCAUAGAUAUUCAUUCGUUGAUUCGGUUUCCAACAAUAGUGAUGUAUCAAAUUUGCGCAAGCUGGUUAGCGUGAAAUUACGUGAAUAUGAACAAGUGGUCCAGGAGGCAGCACAAAGCGGUUUGUUGAUCACUUUCGUAUCUGAUACGAUCGAUCAAGAAAAUCGAGAUACGACGGAUUUGCCUCCUAUUGUAAUUGAAAGAUGGAGUAUUCUUCAAGCUGUUUUUUUUGCAAGCACUGUUCUCACUACAAUUGGAUAUGGGAAUGUUGUUCCAUCUACUAAUGGAGGAAGGAUGUUCUGUAUUUUGUUUGCUUUCGUUGGUAUACCUUUGACUUUAAUAGUAAUAGCUGAUUUGGGAAAACUGUUUGCCAGAGGUGUAGUUAAGAUCGCUUUGGCAAUGAAAUCAAAACUUCCGUUAUACUUUUCCUUCUCUUGCAUUCCGACAAAUUUAGCUGGAAGACGAUCGCUCGGAGCGUUUACUGCAAUUGUCUUGCUUUUUUUGUAUCUCGCCUGUGGGGCAGGUAUGUUUAUGUUAUGGGAAGAUGACUGGAAUUUUUUUGAUGGAUUUUAUUUUUGUUUCGUGACGAUGACUACGAUAGGAUUUGGUGAUUUGGUACCAAAAAAACCGAAGUAUACAUUAUUAUGUACUCUCUAUAUCUUGAUUGGUUUGGCAUUGACAAGCACUAUUAUUGAACUUGUAAGACGUCAAUAUGCUCAAUCAUGGAGAAGAUUGCAGAGGCUUAGUGGACCAUUGGCAGAAACUAUUCGCAGGUUAGGCGAACAAGCUGGUGGAGAUAUGUCGGCGCUUCAUUCAGAUCUUAGAAAAGUCUUAACAGUAAUAUCAAUGCCACGUCUAAAAUGGUCAACUUCUCUCAAUCGAGGAGAUACGAAAGAACAAGAUUGGGAAGAAGCAGUAGAAGCUAUGCUUCGAGACAUUGCUGUAAACGCUAAUAAUAUUCAACCAAAGAAGAAACAAAUAAUGCAAAUAGUUAUUUACGAGUCGAAUGUGUGAUUAAAAUUAAGAUCUAUUAAGAUGUGUUAUUUUUAAGAUAAUUUUAUUUAAUUUUUAUAUUGAAAUAUCGUUAAAAGAAUAAGUUAUAUUUUUAUAAUAUUUAAUGCGAACAUUAUUUUAUUUAAAUUUAAAAAUUUUACCCGCGUUUACUGCGCGCGUCGAUAAAUAAACUUGCGAACGCGCAGAAACCAUUAUCCCCGAGUUCGAUCAGUAGUCCUAAUGUUGGACUGGCGAAAUCGACGAAAACAAUAAUUUGUAGACGAGUAAUUACUAAAUUUAGAAAUCAGUACCGCACGAAGCAGGACAAAAAGCGUUGUUCUGCGUUCGUUGUCGGAUUUUAUAGUGAUAUCUACGUUUCUUGAAUCAGUAAUAAUUUAGGCUUUAUGGUCCAGAUCAUGCAAAAUAGAAACGAGCGCCCAUCGGCAAUUGUGUGCAUUGCGUAUCAUGUGCGUAUUUGAAUUGAUCAUUUAUAAAAAAAUACAAUCGCAGUGGUGCUCAUAUUUGACAGUUUUGUAUAAAAAAGCCCUAGUUAUGUAUAUACAUGCAGUAUGUGUAUAUGUAUGUAUAUAUAUGCAGUAAAUUAACAAUAUUAAAUGAAUCUUUGAUUUCUAUGAAUCUUUUAAAA